AUGAAGUGUACUCUGGACAAGACUGAACUUGCACAGGUCCAUUACUGGCAAAAAGGUCGGAUAGGAGACUUUAUCCUCAACAGCCCAAUAGUCCUUGGUCAUGAAUCUUCUGGUACCGUAGUGGAAAUCGGUGACGCCGUUAGGAACGUCAAAGUCGGCGAUCGAGUAGCGAUCGAACCUGGCGUGCCAUGUCGACGUUGCAAUCACUGCCGUGAAGGAGCAUACAACCUCUGUCCCGACACCAUCUUCGCCGCGACGCCUCCAUGGGAUGGUACCUUGUCCAAGUACUACGUUGUGGCGUCUGACUACACGUAUCCAAUCGCGGAACAUAUGACCAUGGAAGAAGGUGCACUUGUAGAGCCAGUAGCUGUGGCUGUGCAGAUCACAAAAGUCGCAGACCUUAGAGCGAAUCUGACCGUCGUUGUCUUUGGCUGCGGUCCCAUUGGCGUGCUCUGUCAGGCUGUCGCCAAAGCUUAUGGCGCUGCCAAGGUCAUUGGCAUCGACGUAGUACAAUCUCGACUAGACUUCGCCAAAUCUUUCGCGGCCGAUGGCGUCUUCAUGGCUCCCAAGCCUAAGCCUGGCGUAGAUCCCGUUGAGCAUUCUGAGAAGGUCGCCGCCCUGAUCAAGAAGGAGUUCAAUCUUGGUGAGGGUCCAGAUGUCGUGCUCGAGUGCACCGGAGCAGAAGCGUGCAUCCAAGCCGGUGUUUUCGUUGCCAAAAAGGGCGGCACAUAUGUGCAGGCCGGCAUGGGCAAGGAGAACGUCGUGUUUCCGAUUACUACCGCGUGCAUUCGUGCUCUGCAUAUCAAAGGCUCGAUUCGAUACACAACAGGCUGUUAUCCUGCGGCUGUGGAUUUGGUAGCAUCAGGCAAGAUUGACGUCAAGCGAUUGAUCACCAACCGAUUCAAGUUUGAACAGGCAGAGGAAGCAUUUGAGCUGGUAAAGGCUAGCCGGCCAGAUGUCUUGAAGGUCAUCAUAGAAGGUGCAGUUUGA